AUGGCAUCAACUGUAAAUUUGGAAGAGGAGACCGGUAUCAUAAAGUCAGGUCCAGUCAUCACUGGCUUCGCCCCAAUCAGGUCAAGAAAGUGCUACUACGCGGCCCUCUAUGAGCGUGCUUUGGAAUUACACGAGAGCGACGAGAGCGAGAAAACGUAUCGAAACCAUAAAUCGGCUCGACAUCUCAUAGAUAUGUCCACAGCCUUCAAUGCUCACAGCGAACACUUUGAUUCAAAGCUCAAGCGAUGUGUCUGCGUUACGGGUCCCGAUGAAACACUGUGCCUGAAAGUUGACGAUGACGGUAAAAAUGAGGAGGAUGGCCGUCAAAAUACUGAAUGGUACAACGCCAUAAUGUCGGCUCUUAUUCUCUCGAGAACCCUUCACUUAGGAAGGACGGUACAGCCAUUGGAGUUCUUCGAGUGUGCCUGGGACGUUGACAUAGCUAGUAUGCCGAAACUGAAAAGACCUCCUCACACAGAGGAAUCGUUGCAAAAUAUUUGA